AUGUUCAACUUAUCGUGGCUGCUAGGCCACAGCAAAACCACGUACACAUCCCACCAAUCCCCUGCGACUCUAAAGACAAAGACUGGAUCGAAAACCACAUUAGAAGAGGUCGCUGCCUCCUCGAUUCCGCCAUGCCGCCUGAACCCCCUGCUCUUCAACGGCCACUUACAAACUAUGUACACAGCUAUCAAAGACCCGGGCCCACCAGUUUACUAUAAGAGACAGAUCUUCGACUCAAACCAUUCCGUCUACCCAGGCACUUUUGCCGUCGACUUCGCAGUAGAUCUGUCCGAGGGCAGCCCAAAUCCACCAGAAAGAACGCCAGAAGAAAAGGAUGAACCGCUUCCAGCUCGCACCACCAAUUUUACCAAGGAAGAAUGGGAAGGCAUUGCAAGCUCAGAUUCAAAGCCCAUGCUGGUAGCUCUUCACGGUCUCAGUGGCGGGUCCCACGAAGUCUACCUCCGCGAAACCCUCGCACCCCUUAUCGCAUCCGGUUGGGCCGCCUGCGUAGUAAACGGACGAGGCUGCGCUCUCUCCAAGAUAUCAACGCCCCAACUCUUCAACGCCCGUGCAACAUGGGACGUCCGACAAACCAUCAUCGAGCUGCGCAGCCUGUUUCCCAACCGACCACUAUACGGCGUCGGAUUCAGUCUAGGUGCAAACAUUCUGACCAACUACUGCGGCGAAGAAGGCGACAAGUGCCUCUUACGUGCAGCCGUUGCUUGCAGCAACCCCUGGAACCUCGAAGUCUGCAACACCGAACUGCAGCGCACAUACCUUGGCCUACAUGUUUACUCGCGCACCAUGGGUAAAAACCUCUUGGGUCUUUUCAAUCAGCAUCGCGAGCAGAUAUCCAAGAAUCCCGGUCUCGAUGUUGAUGCUGUAUUGCGCAGUAGAUUUCUGCACGAAUUCGACCGCCAGGUUCAGUGUCCGACAUGGGGAUAUCCGACAGAAGGCGCAUACUAUCGCGAUUCGCAAAGCGUGGAUGCGCUGCUGGCGGUUCGUAUCCCGUUCCUUGGUAUCAACGCCGAAGACGACCCAAUUUCGAACAAAGCCGGCUUGCCGUAUCAGGAAGUCAAGCAGAACCCCAAUGUGCUACUUUGCACAACAGACUGGGGUGGCCAUUUGGGAAGUUUCAUGCUGGGUGGCGGAAGGUGGUUUGCCGUUGCAACGUCCAAAUUUCUGACCAAGUUGAAUCAGGAGGUUGACUUUGAGGCAUCCAAAAGUGUGGGCGAGGGAAAUGAGGGUGUGAAUAUGGGCGGGUUGCAGGGAAAGAAAUAUCCAAUCUUUGAUCCAAACCAUCGAAGACUGAUACUACCCGAUGCGUAG